GUAAAUCAAACCUUUGAGAAGCAUUUGCUGGUUGAAGUGCUUUCUGUCUAGUGAGGGGUCUGUGGAUUCCUAGUUUAUGAUAAACAGGACUUUAAAACCCAGGGACGGGAGGGCGAGCGUUCAGGUUCUAGAGCUAUGCAGCUGGAGCACUGCCUCUCUCCGUCUAUCAUGCUCUCCAAGAAAUUUCUCAAUGUGAGCAGCAGCUACCCACAUUCGGGCGGAUCUGAGCUUGUCUUGCACGAUCAUCCCAUUAUCUCGACCACUGACAACCUGGAGAGAAGUUCACCUUUGAAAAAAAUUACCAGGGGGAUGACGAAUCAGUCAGAUCCAGACAAUUUUCCUGACUCCAAGGACUCACCAGGGGACGUCCAGAGAAGUAAACUCUCUCCUGUCUUGGACGGGGUCUCUGAGCUUCGUCACAGUUUCGAUGGCUCUGCUGCCGAUCGUUACCUCCUCUCUCAGUCCAGCCAGCCACAGUCUGCGGCCACUGCUCCCAGUGCCAUGUUCCCGUACCCCGGCCAGCACGGACCGGCGCAUCCCGCCUUCUCCAUCGGCAGCCCUAGCCGCUACAUGGCCCACCACCCGGUUAUCACCAACGGAGCUUACAACAGCCUGCUGUCCAACUCCUCGCCGCAGGGCUAUCCUACGGCCGGCUACCCCUACCCACAGCAGUACGGCCACUCCUACCAAGGAGCUCCGUUCUACCAGUUCUCUUCCACCCAGCCCGGGUUGGUGCCGGGCAAGGCGCAGGUAUACCUGUGCAACAGGCCACUUUGGCUGAAAUUUCAUCGGCAUCAAACGGAGAUGAUCAUCACUAAACAGGGAAGGCGCAUGUUUCCCUUUUUGAGUUUUAACAUUUCUGGUCUCGAUCCCACCGCUCAUUACAAUAUUUUUGUGGAUGUGAUUUUGGCGGAUCCCAAUCACUGGAGGUUUCAAGGAGGCAAAUGGGUUCCUUGUGGCAAAGCGGACACCAAUGUGCAAGGAAACCGGGUCUAUAUGCAUCCGGAUUCCCCCAACACUGGGGCUCACUGGAUGCGGCAAGAAAUCUCUUUUGGAAAACUAAAGCUGACCAACAACAAGGGAGCAUCAAACAACAACGGGCAGAUGGUGGUUUUACAGUCCCUGCACAAGUACCAACCCCGUCUGCACGUGGUAGAAGUGAACGAGGAUGGCACAGAGGACACCAGCCAGCCUGGCCGCGUCCAGACGUUCACUUUCCCGGAGACUCAGUUUAUCGCUGUCACCGCCUACCAGAACACCGAUAUUACACAACUAAAAAUAGAUCACAACCCCUUUGCAAAAGGAUUUCGAGAUAAUUAUGACACGAUCUACACGGGCUGCGACAUGGACCGCCUGACCCCUUCGCCCAACGACUCUCCGCGCUCGCAGAUCGUGCCCGGCGCCCGCUACGCCAUGGCCGGCUCUUUCCUGCAGGACCAGUUCGUGAGCAACUACGCCAAGGCCCGCUUCCACCCGGGCGCCGGCGCGGGUCCCGGGCCGGGGACGGACCGCAGCGUGCCGCACACCAACGGGCUGCUGUCGCCGCAGCAGGCCGAGGACCCUGGCGCGCCGUCGCCGCAGCGCUGGUUCGUGACGCCGGCCAACAACCGGCUGGACUUCGCGGCCUCGGCCUACGACACGGCCACGGACUUCGCGGGCAACGCGGCCACGCUGCUGUCGUACGCGGCCGCCGGGGUGAAGGCGCUGCCGCUGCAGGCCGCGGGCUGCACGGGCCGCCCGCUCGGCUACUACGCCGACCCCUCGGGCUGGGGCGCUCGCAGCCCCCCGCAGUACUGCGGCGCCAAGUCGGGCUCCGUGCUGCCCUGCUGGCCCAACAGCGCCGCGGCGGCCGCGCGCAUGGCCGGCGCCAACCCCUACCUGGGCGAGGAGGCCGAGGGCCUGGCGGCCGAGCGCUCGCCCCUGGCGCCCGCCGCCGCCGACGACGCCAAGCCCAAGGACCUGUCCGACUCCAGCUGGAUCGAGACGCCCUCGUCCAUCAAGUCCAUCGACUCGAGCGACUCGGGCAUUUACGAGCAGGCCAAGCGGAGGCGGAUCUCGCCCGCCGACACGCCGGUGUCCGAGAGCUCGUCCCCGCUCAAGAGCGAGGUGCUGGCCCAGCGGGACUGCGAGAAGAACUGCGCCAAGGACAUAGGCGGCUACUACGGCUUCUACUCGCACAGCUAGGCCGCCCGGCCCGCGCUCGCCCGCGCCCUCCCCGGCCCCUCUGCUCUGCCCCACGUCCUCCUUCCCCAGGCCCGCUCUUGCGCACUCGCUCUUUCACUUGACCCUCGAUGACCGUCUGCGGGGGAUAAGUGCAGGUCUCCCAUUAUCAUUACCAUUUUUGUUUUUGUUUUUUUUUUAAAAAACAAACCUCUUCUCUUUCUUUCUGCACAGCCGUCUCCGCAGUUAGCGCACCGACCUUGAACCUGGCUGUGAACCUUGUGGUUUUCCAACUUUUCUUCUGUGAAGUUAUUAUUAUGAUCCUUCCCGUCUUUUUUUUCUCCUUUUUUUUCUCACCUUCUCCUUCUUUCUCUUGGAAUGAAAAUUCUUCAACUUUAGGAGACCUGGGCAGUCCUGUCAGACAGCAGCGAUCCCGACCCGCCUUGUCUUGGCCUCCCUAUUAACCAUAGGAUGUUGACUCUAGAACCUGCACCCACCCAGCGCGUCCUUUCUUAUACCCGAGUGGAUGGAUGGAUGGAUGGAUGGUAGGGAUGUUCAUAAUUUUAGUGGAACAAAGCCUGUGAAAUGAUUGUAUAUAGUGUUAAUUUAUUGUAACGAAUGGCUAGUUUCUAUUCUCAUCGUCAAGGCACAAAACCAGUUCAUGCUUAACUUUUUAUCCCCCUCUUUCUUUUCUUUUUCUCCUCUCUUUCUUUCUUGCUCUUCCCACCCCCUUUGUUUUCUUGUGAGAUAUUAAAGAUACUCUAAGAGGCUCUGGAAACAUGAAACACUCCCUAAAUGACCGCUCUCUCUCACUUCUCAGUUCCUCGCACGGUGUAACCACUGUGUGCCCUAGGGCACACGCAGUAGCUAAGGGGACGCCACAGGAACACCUGUAAAAGCUAGUUCGUUGUCUGUUCCUAGGCAAGCCCGUUAAGUGGCAUGAAGCCCUCAAAGCAGAGUCAACUGGAGUUGUCUGUCCCCCUCUUCCUCUAAAUGGAGUAGCUCCACAUCAGCAAUAUUAUUUUGCCUUAUUUGUUUUUCCCCAAAGUGCCAAAUCCAUUACUGGUCUGUGCAGGUGCCAAAUAUGCUGACAAACUGUUUCUGACUCUCUUCUCAGUCCCCACACCACCUUUCUAUGCUGUAAAUCUUUGUAAUGAAUAAUCUACUGAUAUAGAUGACUGGAUUGUUGGUAACUAUAGUGUAGUCUAGUGAAGAUGAAUUGUGUGAGUUGUAUAUUUUACUGCAUUUUAGUUUUGAAAACGAUUCCCCACCACCACUUAGAGACAGCUGAAAUUUGACUUCCUUGGGAAAACACUAGCAUUAUUGCAAGUAAGACUGAUUCCCCCCAAGUCUUGUUAUAUUUGAUAAGGAGCAUUUAAUCCCCCUGGAAAUAGACUAGUAGGAUUUCUAAUGUUGUGUAGCAAACUUAUACUUUUUUUGUACUUUAAAAUCAAUGUGAAAUAUGCAUCAUACACAAUAUUCAAUCUAGAUUCCAGUCCAUGGGGGAUUUUUCCUAAUAGGAAUUCAGGGUCUAAACGUGUGUAUACUUUGGCUCUUCUGUAAAUCAAAUGUUGUGAUUUUUAUAUUUGUUUUGUUUUGUCUGUGAAUCGAAUAAUUUAUACAAGUACACACUCCACUGAGAAUCGUUUUGUUUUCUGCUCGUUUGUAUCGUCUGUGUAUAACAAGUAAAAUAAACCUGGUAAAA